AUGAUAUUUAAUUUAAAAAAAAUUCUUACUGCUUAUCUUGAUGAUUCUGAAAAUUUCCUUUUAGAUGAAAAUAUAGCAAAUAUUUCUAGAGAUAAUGUUAAUUAUGUUAUUGAUAAUAUUAUUGAUGUUACUUCAGCAUCUUUAGGAAUAAUUUUAGAGGAUGAAUAUAUGAAAAGUUUGUUUGGAAUAUUAAGAGUGUUUGAUUCACUUUCUAUUGGUUCUUCUAAUAAAUUUAUUGAUUUAAUUAUUUCAGGUCUUCAAUUAGUUACAGAGUCUCUUUCAAAGGAUAUUUUUGAAAACGAAAUAGAUAUUCAAGAUCAAAGAAAAGAUAUAUUAGAAGUUUUAGGCUUUUCUCUUUAUUGGCUUGUUUCUAUUAUAGAGAGAACUAUUUCUAAUCCUUCUCACAGCCAGAAUCUUUCACGUGGGACCAAACAUUUUAAGUGUACCAAAAAAGUUCCAAAACAAGAGACUUUAGAUUUUAGUUAUUUUUUUCAGAAUUCAUUAGAUGUCAUGUGUAGAAUUCUUAGUCUUAAAUUAAGUAAAUUGUGGCCUAUAACUUCUGAAAGAGACGUAUUUGUUAGUCUUUUUAUUCGAUCUGGAUAUUUGAUAUUUGAGAAUGAACAAUUAGUAAAAAUUGUUUCAGUUAAGAUGAGAAUUUUUAAGUUAUUAUGUGUUGCAAUUAAGCACCAAGGUCAUGCUUUUGGAGCACAGACUUCACUUAUUCAAGGUUUACAAUAUUAUGAGCAUUUGCCAGAGCCAGUUGCGGAAUUUUUACAGAUUCUUUCUGAACAGUAUGACUAUCCUCAAUUAUUAGAUGAAAUAUUGCGUGAAUUGAGUGUGAAAGAAUUUAAUAGUAAUGAUAAUAAGGGACCCAAGUCAAUUUCUUUGUUUUUAGUAAAGCUUUCUGAUAUAAUGCCAAGAAAUGUUUUAAAACAAAUGACUAUGAUAAUUAAAAUUUUAGAUAGUGAUUCUUAUACUUUACGAUGCGGUGUAAUUGAAGUUUGUGGAAAUUUAAUUUUAGGUUUAUUUCGUUUAGAAGAACAAUCAGAGGAUCAUAAGAGUCAAAUUGAUAGUUUUUUUGAUAUAUUAGAAGAAAGAUUUUUGGAUGUUAAUCCUUAUUGUAGAAGUAAAGUUAUUCAGGUUUAUAUAAAGCUUUGCGAGUUAAAUAAUAAAUUUCCAAAACGUCGACAAAUUGUUACCGACUUGUGUGUACGUAGUCUUGAAGAUAAGAGUACUAAUGUUCGAAAAAAUGCAAUUAGACUUUUAUCUAAAUUAAUAUCUACUCAUCCGUUUUCUCUUAUGCAUGGUGGGCAACUUUCUAAAAAAGUAUGGUAUGAGCGUUUGAAAUUUGUAGAAAAACAAUUAAAUUCUCUUAAACCUUUUGUUGAGUCAGCUGGUUUGACUAAAAAAAAUGUAUUGGAUGAUGACGAUGAUGAUGAAAUACUUGAAAGUUUUGAUUGUAUUAAAUUAGAGGAUCAAAAAACUGCAUGUAAAGAAACUUUUUUGAAAAUGUUAGAAAAUGAAAAAAGUGAUAUUAAUUGUAAUGUUUGUUCUGAUGAUUUUAUGAAACUUCAUCUUACUAAAAGGUACUAUUUUGAGGCAUUGAAGUUCAUAGAAAGUUUGCAUACUGGUUCUGUUCUUGUUAAUCAAUUAUUAGCUUCUAAAAAUAAAAGCGAAGUUCUUGAAGCAAUGGAAUUUUAUGUUGUUGCUGAUGCGUAUAAGUUGGAUACUUCUAAAAGUGGAAUUCGUAAAAUGUUACAUUUGAUAUGGACUAAAAGUACAAGUGAUGAAGGAAAAGCUGUUCACGCUAAGCUUAUUGAAUGCUAUAAAGGGUUAUUUUUUGACCCUCCUGAUGGUAUUAAUGCUAAUGACGCUAUUAAUUAUAUUGCACGAAAUAUGAUUAGUCUUACUUAUGGUGCAACGUUAGCUGAACUUACAUCUUUGGAGCAACUUUUAUCUAUAAUGAUGAAAGAAGGGCAUAUAUCUGAUAGUGUGGUUAAAAAACUUUGGAAUAUAUAUGGGGUUCAGAAAGAAGAUAUUUCAAAACAGCAAAGACGAGGUGCAAUAAUUAUUCUUGGUAUGCUUGGAUUAGCAGAUAAUGAUAUUAUAGCUAUUGGAUUAGAAAGUUUGUUAUAUAUUGGUCUUGGUGACUAUGGAAAAACUGAUAUGUCUCUUGCUCGUUAUUCAUGUAUUGCAUUGCAAAGAUUGAAACAAGUAAAUAAAAAAUCAAAAGGACCUUUUGACAAUUUUCAAGAAAGGCUUUCUGAUGAUCAUGUUAUUUUUUUAAAACUUGGAGAUAUUAUUUUAUUACCAAGUGAAAACAUAGAAUGGUUUAGUGUUGCUGAACAAGCUAUUAAUGCGAUUUAUUUACUUGCGAGAUAUCCUGAUAGAAUUUGUAUAAAUUUAUUACGUUCUAAAUGUAGAAGUGUAUUUAAGAGUUUCUCUCUUAAAAAAACAAGUUCAGAAGAUAACCCUUUUUCUAUUAAAUCAUCUUCGUUGCUUUCUCAGCUGUUGUUUGUUGUAGGACAUAUAGCAUUAAAACAAAUUGUCUAUAUUGAGACUUGCGAAAACGAGUUUAAAAGGAAGAAAUCUGAUGAUGGAAAAGCUAAAAAAUUACAUCAUUCUUCAGAAACAUCUAAUAUUGUUGAUAAUAAUGAAUUAGACUUUGUUACUGGAACUAUUGAAGAUGAUUUUUCUGAAGUUAUGAAUUAUAUAAGAGAAUAUGAACUUUUAUAUGGACAUAAUUCUUUAUUAGCUAAAUUUGGUCCUUUAGUACGAGAAAUAUGUAUUAAUGGUCAUUUAUACAAUGAUCCAUGUUUGCAAUCCAUUGCAGCUUUGACUUUGGCUAAAAUGAUGUGUGUUUCAGCCCAGUUUUGUGAGUCGAAUCUUCAUUUACUUUUUUCUAUUUUACAAAAAUCAGAAGAUCCAUUAAUACGUAGUAAUUUAGUUAUCGCUCUUGGUGAUAUGAAUGUUUGUUUUAAUCACCUUAUAAAUGAAAAUGUAGAAUUUUUGUAUAGCCGUUUGAAAGAUAAUGAUCCUUCCGUUAGGAAAACAUGUUUAAUGACUUUAACUUUUCUUAUUCUUGCUGGACAAGUGAAAGUUAAAGGACAACUUGGACAAAUGGUUAGGUGUUUAGAAGAUAAUGAUCGUCGAAUUAUGGAUUUCGCUAAAAUGUUUUUUACUGAAUUAUCUAUGAAAGAUAAUGCUAUUUAUAAUAAUUUCCCUGAUAUUUUCAGUUCUUUAACUACUGAUUUUGAUCUUUUAGAUGAAGCUAGUUUUAAACGUAUUAUGCGUUUUUUAAUAUCAUUUAUAGAGAAGGAAAAACAUGCAAAACAAUUAGCUGAGAAAUUUGUGAUAAGAUUGUCGAAAUGCAAUACAGAAAGACAAUGGAAUGAUACUGCUUUUGUGAUUUCCCUUCUUCCUCAUAAAAAUGAAGCUAUUCAUAAAAUAGUAAUGGAUGGUUAUCACCAUGAUAUUGGUAUAAAAUAG